AUAAACGGAACAUACACGCUGCGCAUCGGUGUCACACUCAACAGCAUUUAUGAUCAGCUUUCUAACUGGGAUCCACUUUCAUAUUUCCUCCUUUUUUUGCCUUUUCAAUCUUUGUUUUUUUGGUUUAACCUUGUGACUACGCCGGCUGAUUAUUGAUGCUGCUCUGUGAACUUGAAACAUGACGGGACAUAAGUGUGUCCUCUCGCGUUCACCUCCUCUGCGCCUUCACCUUAACAGGUAACCGCGGGGGAGAGAGAGAGAGAGAGAGGGAGAGAGAGAGAGGGGAGAAAACGCCGGUUUUUCUCGGGACGUGUGCGGGAGAUGAGCAUUGAUUUUGGGACUCGCUCUAAUGGAAGACGCCGCAAACCACUGACCACCUGGCUGUGUCUGCUGGAGAGCAACGCUGAUCACCGCAAUCACCGCAGGUUGCACAAUUAUUAUUAGAUCCUGUCCAUUCCUGAAGUUAAAUGGGGGAAUCGGAACUGCGACAUAUGCAGGCUCUAAUUCACCCCAGUUUGAGCUACCAGCUGCUUUCACCCAAAACCUUUUCUAGAGUCUGAUUACUCCUGCAGGCGACUAUUUUUCCUCCUAUUUCCUGGACACAAAGCUAAAUCUGACUGAGAAGGAUAUCUUUUUACGCGGAGAAGCUUGCAGGCACGUUGGAUGAGAAGACUAUGAGCUGACACACUCCAGUUUUUCUCCUGCGCUGUAACGGAUUCGGGUUUGUCCGUGGAAGAUUCCUGCCAUCACAUGCAAGGAGUCACUGCCUGUGACAGUGUUGCAUAGAAAGAGUCCUUGAGUUGCAAAGGCUGGAAACAUAUUUACACAGUCAUGGAUCUAAAAGACUAUUACCUGUUGGGUGCCCUGCUUGCCUGCAUAUGGCUAGAUCCUUCAAUAGCUCAAGAGCUAAUCUACCCCAUCAGAGAGGAGCUGCAAGAAAAUGUCCUCAUUGGGAACAUACCAAAGGACCUAAACAUUUCCCAUACAAACGCUGCCACUGGGGCAAGUGCUAAUCUGGUCUACCGGCUCGUCUCAAAAGCAGGAGAUAACCCGCUGGUGCGCGUUCUGAGCAGCACUGGUGAGAUAUUCACAACAUCAAACCGAAUCGACAGAGAGAAGUUGUGCCCCGGUCCCUCCUUUGAGGACAGCGAGUGCUCCUUUGAAAUUGAAGUGGUCAUCCUGCCUAAUGAUUAUUUCAGGCUGAUUAAGAUCAAAAUAAUUGUGAAAGACACAAACGAUAAUGCCCCCAUGUUCCCGUCCCCUGUGAUCAACAUCUCCAUCCCGGAGAACACGCUCAUUAACAGCCGCUUUGCCAUUCCUUCUGCCACUGACCCAGACACCGGCCCCAACAGUGUCCACAAGUACGAGCUGAUCAACGGGCAGAGCGCCUUUGGCUUAGACAUAGUGGAAACGCCUGAGGGGGAGAAGUGGCCCCAGCUCAUUGUGCAGCAGAAUCUGGAUCGAGAACAGAAGGAUACGUAUGUGAUGAAGAUCAAAGUGGAGGAUGGUGGCAGCCCACAGAAAUCCAGCACUGCCAUACUUCAAGUAACAGUAACUGAUGUCAAUGAUAACAAGCCCGUCUUUAAAGAUGGUCAGAUAGAAGUGCAUAUACCUGAGAACUCCCCGAUUGGCACGUCUGUGGUGCAGCUUCAGGCCACAGAUGCAGACAUCGGGGCUAAUGCUGAGAUACGCUAUGUAUUUGGGACUCAGGUGUCUCCUGCUACGAAGAGACUCUUUGCAUUAAAUACAACAUCUGGCCUCAUUACAGUGCAGAGGCCCCUGGACAGAGAGGAGACUGCUAUUCAUAAGCUCUCUGUUUUAGCCAGUGAUGGCAGCUCCAGCCCUGCCAGGGCUACUGUUACUAUAAAUGUGACUGAUGUUAAUGACAAUCCUCCUAAUAUUGACCUGAGAUACAUAAUAAGUCCCAUUAAUGGCACUGUUUUUCUCUCUGAGAAGGAUCCCAUCAAUACUAAGAUAGCUCUCAUCACUGUGUCAGACAAAGACACUGACAUCAAUGGCAAGGUCAUCUGUUUCAUAGAGAAGGACGUGCCCUUCCAUCUCAAAGCUGUGUACGAUAACCAAUAUCUCUUAGAGACAUCUGCACUCCUCGACUAUGAAGGGACAAAGGAAUACAACUUUAAAAUUGUUGCUUCAGACUCUGGGAAACCGAGCUUGAAUCAAACUGCUUUGGUGAGAGUGAGACUGGAGGAUGAGAAUGACAACCCGCCUAUUUUUACUCAGCCAGUAAUCGAGCUGGCUGUCAUGGAGAACAACAAGCGUGACCUGUUCCUUACUACUCUUAGCGCCACCGAUGAGGACAGUGGGAAGAACGCUGAGAUAGUUUAUCAGCUCGGACCAAAUGCAUCAUUCUUUGAUCUCGACCGCAAAACUGGUGUCCUGACUGCAUCAAGAGUUUUUGACCGGGAGGAUCAGGAUAGGUUUCUUUUCACUGUGACUGCAAGAGAUAAUGGGACCCCUCCUCUGCAGACACAAGCGGCUGUUAUUGUAACUGUAUUGGAUGAAAAUGAUAACAACCCCAAGUUCACUCACAACCACUUUCAGUUCUUUGUGUCAGAGAAUCUUCCUAAGUACAGCACAGUGGGGGUGAUAACUGUGACAGAUUCAGAUGCUGGAGAAAAUGCUGCUGUUUCUCUCUCCAUACUGAAUGACAAUGAGAACUUUAUCCUGGAUCCUUACUCCGGGGUGAUCAAAUCUAACGUGUCAUUUGAUAGGGAACAGCAGAGCUCCUACACCUUUGAUGUCAGGGCUGUGGACAGUGGCAGGCCCCCUUGCUCCUCAGCCGCCAAGGUGACCAUCAAUGUCAUUGAUGUGAACGACAACCCCCCUAUCGUCAUCUAUCCCCACUCCAACACGUCUUUCAAGCUCGUCCCUCUGUCCUCUAUCCCGGGAUCCGUGGUGGCAGAAGUGUUUGCAGUAGAUGGUGAUACAGGGAUGAAUGCAGAGCUGAAAUACACUAUAGUGAACGGGAACGACAAGGGUUUGUUUCGGAUUGACCCUGUCACAGGGAAUAUAACUCUGGAGGAAAAACCGACGGUGUCUGACUUAGGCUUAUACAGACUAGUCGUCAACAUCAGCGACCUGGGAUAUCCUAAAUCUCUUCAUACUCUGGUGCUAGUGUUCCUGUAUGUUAAUGACACUGUAGGCAACUUAACACUCAUCCAUGAGACGAUCCUGCGCAAAAUGGACACCCCAAUUGACCGAAACAUCGGGGAAAGCAGUGACACUUAUCAAAGUGGUGAUUAUUUAACCAUAAUGAUAGCCUUUGUCACCGGCGCCUUGGUGGUGAUUAUUGUUAUCUUUGUCACUGUGCUGCUGCGCUGCCGCCACGCUUCCAGGUUCAAAGCAGCCCAGAGGAAAAAGCAAGGUGCUGAAUGGAUGUCACCCAACACCGAGAACAAACAGAACAAGAAGAAAAAGCGCAAGAAAAGGAAAUCCCCAAAAAGCUCCUUGCUCAACUUUGUCACCAUCGAGGGAAACAAACCUGACGACCCUGCCCACGAGCCCAUCAACGGAACCAUCAGCCUGCCAACCGAGCUGGAGGAGCAAGGGAUCGGACGCUUUGAUUGGAAUGCCACACCGACCACGACCUUCAAACCCAGCAGCCCAGACCUGGCCCGGCACUACAAAUCCGCUUCUCCGCAGUCAGCCUUUCACCUCAAGGCCGACACGCCGGUCUCGGUGAAGAAGCAUCAUGUGAUUCAGGAGCUCCCUUUGGAUAACACAUUUGUCGGGGGCUGUGACACCCUUUCCAAGAGGUCCUCAACAAGCUCCGACCACUUCAGUGCCUCAGAGUGCAGUUCCCAAGGAGGGUUCAAGACGAAGGGGCCCAUGCACACCAGACAGCAGGGAACAUUAACUCGUGCCCGAACUGAACUGAACCCUGAAUAUCUGGACCUCCGUCCACGAGCCGAGCUGAACCCCGAAUACUGGACCCCUUGCACCCCUUUAGCGCAGGAUGACUUCUACGAGCAGGCCUCCCCCGAUAAGAGGACCGAAGCUGAUGGCAACUCUGAUCCCAACUCUGAUGGACCCCUGGGACCUCGUGGCCUAGUGGAAGCUACAGAGAUGUGCACACAGGAAUGCCUAGUCCUGGGACAUUCAGAUAACUGCUGGAUGCCACCGACAUUGGGAUCAUACCAGCAGCCUAAAUCACCCUUGUCUGGCUUUGGGUCUCAGAGGGAGUGGGGUCCCAAGGACAAACUCCUCAAUGGACACACUCUGACCAGAACCUGGAAAAACGACAACGGGCGGUCGGAGCACUUUGGCGACAGGAAGCAGUUUGGGAGCGGAGAGGGACACUUCACCAGCGGUGGUAUGGCUGAUAUUCCACUGGUGAGUCUGAAGUCGUGCCAGCCGGCCUCCUGCCCAGACAGCCCAAAGGACCAGCAGCUAUAAGACGGACUUUUUCCCUCUGUGCUGUGAAAUGUCCACAGCAAACAGACAAGGCUGCUCACCUGAGCUCCUCUCCUCUUUUAUUGUUUCCUUUCGAUUUUCAUCUCUUCUCACUUAAGUUAAAGCUUCUGCAGUCUGCUAGCCACAUGUACUAUGUAGGCCACAAAACUAUAGUGCUUCUGCUGUGUUCUCUACAAUUCAACUUUACUAUCGCUCUAGAGGAAACCUCUUUUUUAUGAACUUCAAUGGAUUUCUUCUGUAAGACAUUUUCUGUCCACUUCAUGUGUGAUUUGGACAUGCCGAGAAAGGAAACGGAGAAAAACAAAAGAAAUUACAAGAAAAAAAUAUAUACCAUGGCUGACCAGUAUAUACCAGUAUUUGUGGCGUGGUUGUUAUUGAGUUGUUCAGGACUAUAUUAAUCGACACAAUCAAAGAAAAUGGAGUUACAUUUCAGAAAGUGUUGAUCUAUUAACACUGUUAGUGGACACUUGUUUAUUCUGUCAUUGUCUGUGUGUUUGUAAAUAAGACUUAUUAACCACUAUCAUGUACCCGUAAUAACCACAGUGCAUAGGACAGAUCUUGGUGGUGUCAUCAUUACGACUUGUCUUAAUGUUUUGGGAUCCCACCUGGAUGAAGAUGUCUAAUUUGGCAUUAUGUACAACAAGAAAACAUUUAACACAGUCCUUUAAAACCCCUAUGGUUGAUUUUGAAUCAAAUUUCCAUCCUGUUAUAUACUCAAUGUUGCCCAUAUUCAUGAUAAUUUUCUUCAAAUACUGCAAAACCACAGGCAAACCUUUUUUUAAAAGAAGACAUUUUGUAUGAAGGAUGUCAGUGCUCAAUAUGUGCAUUAUAAAAAUGACAAGCUCUGAAAGCUCUCCUCUAUAAACUGAUUUUGAAAGUGUUCAGUACAAUUAAAUAGCAAUAUAUUUGUAAAUGGCUAAAUGUUUUAUCUAACGUUGAUCUUAUUAUUGUAUAGAUUUUACUCAAAUUGUGAUUUAACUGAGUGCAAUCCCUCAGUUUGACCUGCAAUUUCUUGACAUGUGUAUAUAUGAUUUCCACACAGGCUUUGAUUUUCCAUGUAAGAAAACACAGAUGAAGAUAACUCUUAAAUCACUGUGCCUUCAUGAUAUCCCUCAAACACUGAAUAGUGCUUCUUUCAAUGACAUGAACAUGUUGGCUACAGAGAGAAUCCUAUCUGAUAAUCAAAUGCCUUACGCAUUGAAUAUUUGCCAAAUUAAGCAACAAAAAUCACACAAAUCAUUGAGUGCAAAAUCAAGCUGUUGAAGCUAAAGUCAAUCACAAAGGCAUGUGCAGAUAAUGGAUCAACGAUGAACGAUCAUGUGUCAUUCCACUGUCUGAAAAGGUUUGUUUUAAUCCACAGCAUGGAAGGCAAAUUACACAAUGGAAAAAGCAUGCUAAAAGAUAUAGCUUUUGAAAAUUAACUUGAUCAUUUUUGUGUCAUUUUACUUUGUUGGAAUAGAGUUGAUUUGUGCAUUAAGGAAACAUUUGGUUUGUAAAGCACUUUCAUAUUUAUGUCACAAUAUAAAGAA